GGUGUAUCUGGGUAACGGUUUGCCGGUUAUAUCGGGGGAAACAGUUAGACGUGACGAAUAUAUCCAGCUGGGGGCUACGGACGGGUGCAUCGGGACUAGCUAACCCAGUGCUUUCAUAAAUUCCCAGCUAUGGCUAUUGGCUAGAUAGUCAAUCAACCGAUAUUCUCUAUUUUCUUCUUAUAUCAUUUGUGUAAUAUGCCGUGAUGAUAAUGAUAAUGCUCAUGCUGAUGAUGACGAUGAUGAUGAUGAUGAAGAUGAUGAUUAUAAGUAGAACGAGGUUAGGAGAGCGAGUGGGAUGAUGUCCGGGAAUUUAGUUUCUGUCUGAUCAGAGUGCGGGCUUUGUUGGAGACUCCGGGGGAGGGCUAAAUCUCGCUGGAUUCGUUAUAUUGUGCGGGGCUUUGAGGCUAGGUUGUGCGCGUCGUGGAUACAAUGUCGAGGGAUCAUCAUGAUGAUAGGUGGAUGGAAUAGUGAAUGGUGGAGUAAUGAGGGGUACGUUUAUGGAGAUAACAAUUGCCUUGGACUGAGUCGUGGUGUUGGAGAGUGGAGUUGUCAAUUUGAUGUUGCCCUUGUCACGUGUCGAUUAUUGAAUAAAUAGGGGGGUUUGGGGGGGGAUGCUUGAAGUGAUUGGUGUGGACGAGACAGCGCGUUUAAACAUCCGCUCGUUUGUCUCGUCGGCGGUUAUGGCUGGGGAAUUGGUGAAAUUUCAACGGAGAAUCCACGGUCAGUGGUCUCUCUUCUAGGGGAGGGUGGCUUUGUUUUUUGUUUUUUUUUUUUUCACACCCUUUUGACGGAUUGAUUGGGCCAAUCGCCCUCGGAAGUGACCACGUGACGACAAAUAUUCCUGAAACACGGCGGGGGGUAGCUUUCAAGCCCCCACCACUAACCAACCGACCACGCUGGUUUGAGGAGAAAAAUGAAACCCUGCUGGACACUCAUGGCGGCAAUCGCCUUUGCCGUAUCUGGACUGGUAAGUGGCGGUGUGCACGAGAAGCGGCUGCUGAAUGAUCUCCUGGAUAACUACAAUGUACUGGAGCGUCCGGUGUUCAACGAGUCCGAGCCCCUCGCACUGAGCUUCGGCCUCACGUUAAUGCAAAUAAUCGACGUUGACGAGAAGAAUCAACUGUUGAUUACGAACUUGUGGUUGAAACUGGAGUGGAAUGAUGUCAACAUGAGGUGGAAUGUAUCACAGUACGGUGGAGUCAAAGAUCUCAGGAUUCCGCCCCACAGAUUAUGGAAACCAGAUGUUCUUAUGUAUAACAGUGCCGACGAGGGCUUUGACGGCACCUACCCAACCAACGUAGUUGUCAAGGACAAUGGCACGUGUUUGUAUGUACCACCAGGUAUCUUCAAAAGCACCUGCAAGAUCGAUAUCACCUGGUUUCCAUUUGAUGAUCAGCGUUGCGAGAUGAAAUUUGGCUCGUGGACCUACGAUGGUUUUCAGCUGGAUCUCCAACUGCAGGACGAAGCAGGUGGAGACAUAAGCAGUUUCAUCACCAACGGCGAAUGGGAUUUGUUGGGAGUACCUGGUAAAAGAAACGUCAUAUACUACAAUUGCUGCCCCGAGCCCUACAUUGACAUAACAUUCGUCGUAAUCAUAAGGAGACGAACACUCUACUACUUCUUCAAUCUGAUAGUACCAUGUGUACUGAUAGCCAGCAUGGCUGUGCUUGGUUUCACCCUGCCACCAGACUCUGGUGAAAAAUUGUCCCUGGGUGUGACGAUUCUCCUGUCCCUCACAGUGUUCUUGAACAUGGUUGCUGAGACAAUGCCAGCAACAUCAGACGCUGUGCCGUUAUUAGGUACAUACUUCAAUUGUAUAAUGUUCAUGGUCGCGAGUAGCGUGGUCAGCACUAUUCUCAUCCUGAACUAUCAUCAUCGUAACUCAGACACUCACGAAAUGUCCGAAUGGGUGAAAGUACUAUUUCUCGGCUGGCUGCCCUGCGUCCUGAGGAUGUCAAGGCCGUGCGACAAGGAGGAGAAAGACGCUCAAAAGUCGCAAAAGCCCUCACCAGUAACAGCUGCCAACAAAGGAUACGGUGAUCUCGAGCUACCUCAGAGAAGCAGCAAAUCAUUGUUGGCCAAUGUAUUGGAUCUCGAGGAUAAUGCCCUGGCGCCCCACAACAACCUGUUAAACAAUGUUUACAGUACACCGGGGCCUCAUCAUCAUACCCUAUCGGGGCAUGGUCACAGUCACAUACACACGACUCCGCAUCAUCAUCACAGUCAUACACCGGCACCAACGCCGCAUCAUCAACACGCAACGCCUUUGCCACAUUCGUCAUAUCCGGCCCAUCAAUUGAGCCAUACGCCACACCAUCAUCAACAUCCACAGGAUGGUACAACGCCCCAGGUUGAGACCAUACUCCAGAGCGCAUGUUUCUGUGCACGUUAUGAGCUCGUUCUUAUUUUGAAGGAAAUUAAGCUAAUCACGGAUCAGCUGAAAGCUAAUGAUGAAAAUACGAAGAUAACCAACGACUGGAAAUUUGCGGCAAUGGUGAUAGACAGGAUGUGCCUAAUCAUUUUUACUCUGUUCACCAUUAUUGCUACAAUCACCGUCCUAUUUUCAGCACCACACAUCAUCGUCACGUGAUUCAAAAGAGCACACCAUAAACCACCAUUACGUGGAGCCGCUCAUUUACCUAUAAAUAAUAUACGAGUAUUGGUUGUUACGGGUCGUUUUAACCGUGCUGUAGUCACGUUUCAACAGCAACUUUUUUUAUGCUUGUAAAACAAUAUCGAUUGUAUAAUUAUCCUGUGUCGUACUGUGACUUUUAUUAAUUAAACAAGAGAAAACUGAUUAAAAGAGAAUAAAAUAAGUAAAGGUGGACUUGAAUGGAGGUGGGAUAGUUGGUGAUGGAGUACUCGAGUCAGCAGUCGUCAUCAUUUUUUAAUACUUCGAAGAGGAUGAGAGGAAUAUGUAGUUAGAUAAAUAUAGAAUGCUACGAAUACAAUUUAAUACGCCUUAGCGAUCAUGAUUCAUCACACUCAUGUUACAAUUGAGAUAAUGAAUCGGUUUUAAUUUUCACCGAUUUGAACCGAUAGUCGUUGCGUGAGGUGAUGAGAAUAUUCAUCUUGAGACAUCCUAGGACACUGAAUUAUUCAGACUAGUUACUCAUGAGAAUAAUUAUUAAAAAUGAAUUGAUUUCCUCAGUGUGUGCCAUUUUCACGUUAGCGAAAUACGCGAAAAACGUUAAUGAUAACGUGCAAUAUAAAUAGAUUAAAGAGGCACACGGCGAAGACACUUUUGUGCAAGGAAUGCCAAUGCGCACACAUUAUACUCUCAACACAAUGAACUGCCAAGGUGAUUCAAAUGCCAGUGAAUUUUAUUAUCCGUAUCAGUAGUAUAUGGGAAAAAGGAGAAAAUUCAUGAAAAAAAAAAAAGUGAAAAAGCAUUUUUUUAAAUGAGAAUAAAAAUUGAGGGGAGCCGAAACAGUUAUAGGCGAAUUUAUACUGCGAUUGCUAGUGGCGUGCGAAUACUAUAUUAUUCUUCGGAUACAGAUCAGGGAGAGAAGUGCCGGAAAAGGUUAAAAAUCAGAGCCAUUAUUUGUAAAGUGUCAGUACAAUUUUAUUAUUUUUCAACUUUAUCAUUGGUUUUUAAUGGGUCGAUAGGUAGUGGGUGAAAAAAUUUAAAGAUGGAGAGAGAGGGAGAGUGAGAGAGGGAGAGUGAGAGAGAAAGAGAGGAGUUUGCUAUUAUUUCAGGGAAUACAUUAACCAAUUGAUGGAAAAAUCUGGAGAGUCCUCUUUCUAUCUUGUGAAUUUGAAUUUACCCACCGCACGCCACUCAUUAGCUAGCCAAAACCAGCAUUCAUUAUAUGAAAAUACCCCAAAUCGGAUUAUCCGUCAACAAAUUCCCAGGGUAAAAAAAUAUUUCUAGCUAAUGAAACUGUGAGAGGAUGGAAAAUCCUCGAGCGCUUCGUCACGAUAUCAUUUAUAUUCAGACAAGUAUUGUCCCGGUGCACGUACUUUUGGGGAAACAUCUGGAUUUGAGGAUUAAAAACAUUGUGUGCGUUAUUGCGGUGCGUUGCAAUUAAAAAAUUUGCAAAAAAAAGACACUCUUAAUGGAUAAAAGGUUCAAUGUGUGUGGAGGGAAUUUCUUCGUAGCUUUCCACACAGGGGAAAAGUUUCGAGAAGUUUCGAGAGAUUUAUCUCUUUGUGGGGGAUAUCCUAAUGAAGAGUCAAAUUUUAUGUUGGAAAAAUUGUUAAUGCAAUUUUAUGAACGGUUGACUUAUUAUCGUGAGGAAGGAGAAUUCGUUAAAAAAUUUCAUCGACUUUUCAAUAAACUUUUUUAACGCGUAUGAUUUAUGAACAAGCGUGAAAGUAGGUGAGAAGUUUGAGGAGAAUUAAACAAUGAAGAUAAAACGAAAGCGGAACAGAAGACAAAGUUGAAUGGAAUGAUUGACGUUGGUAAUUCAAUGGAUAAUAGGAUGCCAAGAGUUGAUGAAAAUGUUUUAAUCUGUAUCGGUACCACCCAAGUUUUAACGUUUUCCAACAGAACACGGGGCUGUACACAAUGACGAAAAGUGAAUUUCAAACAAUUCCAGUUAACUUGAAAUUUACGUCGUUUCGUUUACACUGGGCUCUGGAGUUAUUUAUUUUCUGCACUUGUGUUUACUGUUAACGACAGCAACUAAACUCGUUACCUUUUUGACACGAGUGAGAGUUUUUUAUGCUUUCUUGUUCUCGUCGUCAUUGGAAAUUGAGUUAAGGCAGAUUGUUGAGGGCUUUGUUGGGCUGAGAGUCGAGUAAACUAUAAAAAUGUGAUGGAGAUUUCCAGCUUGAGGGAACUGAAGAUUUAUCCCAGGGGUUAAACAAACAAAUUCCGGGGAUAAUUAAACGCGUCGCUGACCCGACAACUAGAGGGUAUAAUUAAAAUUCUGUUGUCGGAAAUUUUGGUUUGGUAUUUUCAAUGGAACAUUUUUACACUUCAACUGAGAUUAUCAAUUUUUUAUUUCUAUUGUAAACCGAAAAUUACUAGUCAACCGUUGAUAAAAUUUCUCCAGUCCAAUUUUAUCAUUCCUCAAAUAAUUAAAAAAAUCCAUUGAAUAAUUUAUUGAGCCGAAUGAGAUCUUGUUAACGGAUAUUCUCGCAGAAGGGUGUAAUCCAGAAUAAUUGAAGACAUCUGGUAAAAUAGCAACAACCAACAAAAGAAUCUUCGAAUAUUAAAAAAUGAAUAAUUCAGUUGUAAGUAAAUUUUUUGGCCAAUGGCAUUGACGCGACAACCAAUCACAUUAUCUUUUAAAUCUACUGAAAAUUAGAGUUUACUAACAAUAAAAAAAAGGCAGAAGACGAAAAGUUGUUAAUGAUGUUAAUCGAUUAAUUAAUAAGCGUCGAGUAUUGUACCGCUAAGAAAACAGAGAAAAAAUGUCCGAUUCAUUAGACUGAUGAGAAAAUUGAGUAAAUUAAGAAGAAAAAAUUGUUUUAGAAGUAACAAAUGAAAUUAAUGAACAGCCACAAACACACAUGUGAUAGGUUACUUUGAAAACAAUUUUUUUCUUUUUAAUUAACUUAAUUUUUAUCUCAGUGUAUAACGAGACGCAAUCACUCCGGUGUUGAAGCCGUGAAACCAGAAAUUUCAUAACAAAUAAAGUGACGAGGGCAGCACGCUGGAAAUUAAUUAACCAAGAGAAAAAUAAUAAUGAAUAAUCAAGUUCGGUAGAUAAUUGCCUCGUUGAUAGGUAUCAAAAUGGUUCCCCGGAGUAAAGCAAUAAAUUAUUGAACAUGGCGUUCACGCUUAAUUCGAGUCGGUGAAUAAUAUUGCCAGUUUGCAACGCGAUUCCUAGGAUUAAUAAGAAAUACGACAAGUUUAAAUAAUAAUAAAACCUAGAAACAAUGCGAAAUAACUGAGAAGAAAAUACAGGCAUUAACAUUAAGUGCAAUAGUUUUUCCAUUUUAUAUAUGAAGUCAAAAAAAUACAUCUCAACACUUGCUGAUCAUUGCCUGCUGUAAUUCGAUUUAAAAACAAAUUGGUGUCGGAUCGGAGAGAUCGAGAUUGAAACAAAAUUACUCGACGGAGAUGACGGAUAUCCGAGCAAAUCUGAAAUAUUAUCACGCAUUUUAUACAGGGGAAAAUA